AUGCCUUCCGAUCUGGAUACCCUGCUCGAUAUGGGCUUCGACAAGGAGCGUGCCGAGAUUGCUGUCAAGAAGACAGGAGGCCUCCAGGAUGCUCUCCAAUGGCUAGAGGACAACCAGGACAAGCCUAUUGAUGAGAUCAAGGCUGCCGCUGCCGCCAAAGAGGAGGAUGACGAAGAAGAUGACACCGAGGCCAAGAUCAAGGAGAUUGAAACUGGCAAGGCUGCUUCUCUUGUCUGCAACGAGUGCGGCAAGAGAUUCAGAAACCAUGAUCUGGCUACCUAUCACGCGACCAAGACUGAGCACACGGACUUUUCUGAAUCAACAGAGGAGAUUGCUCCUCUGACUGAAGAUGAGAAGAAGGCUAAGCUCGAGGAGCUCCGUGAGCGUCUCCAAGCCAAGAGAGCCCUCCAAUCUGUUAAGGACAAGGAGGACCACAAACGCAACGAGCAAAUUCGUCAAAAGUCCACCAAGGAGAGUCAGGAAGCCAAGGAAGAAUUGGCCCGCAAGCAAGCCGUAAAGGAAGCUGCAGCAAAGCGACAGGAGAAGCUAGAGGAUCAGGAAGCUAAGCGACGCAUCAAGGCCAAGAUCGAAGCCGACAAAGCCGAACGACGACGAAAGGCAGAGGAGGCCAAGGCAGCCAGAGAGGGCCGCGCUCCCCAGGCCGAGGCUGCUGCUCCUGGCGGCGCCGCUGCUGUUGCCGCUGCAGCCAAACCCAAGAGCAACCACAAUGAGGCUCGACUUCGCCUGCAGACCGACGGCGGAAACAUUACCAAGACUCUACCCGCCGAGACGACAUUGUUCGAGUUGGCGCAGCAGGUCCAGAGCGAGACAGGAAACGCUGUCUCCAGCUUCACGACUACAUUCCCACGAAAGACCUUUGAGGGUGAUGUUGACUUCUCAAAGACCCUGAAGGAGGCCGGAUUUGUUCCUUCUUCUGUUCUCAUCGUCAAAUAG